CGUCGAAUUGUGACGUCAGCUACAGUGUAACUUUUAGAAAAUAAAUUACUGAAAAACGUGAUUGUUGAUUAAUAGUUAAAGUAUAAAUAUGUAAUAAUCGUUGUAUCAAUCAAGAUAGAUAUUCAAAGAACAUAAAAUCAAGCAGUAAAUGAUGAAAGAAGUCUCAAAUCCAUAACUAUUUACAUAGAAGACAUAACCAUAGAGUUGGCAAUCCUGAUGAUUGAUUGAGAUUAUUUUUUACCUAGUAAGAUAUAUCAUAUAUUUAUAGCUGGGUUGCUCUCGAACGAAUGUAAACAGUAUUUUUCAUAAAUAUGAAGUGACACGGGUAAUUUACGUGGCUGUAACUUGUGCAAAAGGAUCGAUACUGAUUAUUGAAGUAUUGAAGCACACAUUAUUCAAGUGAAAAACAAUGAUUCGCUGUUAGUUGUGCAGUCAAAAACGGGUUUAUACGCGAGUGCUUGUACGAGGAUUUACUGCAGUGGAGUGUGAACGACGGCUUAGAAUUCAUGGAAGUGCAAUGCGAGAUGAGUUGCAUUGAGUUUUACUCUGUUCGUGUACGUUCUUGGAAAAAAUUUACACCCAUUAGGGAACAACAGAUUUUUCUGAGUAUCUCUAUCGGUGAUGGGAGAUCAACAUGUUGACCGUAACGUGUCUGCCAUGGUCUACCCAAAAGAUGCAGCUACCUAAGGAUGCAAAUUCUUCUGACCUGUUGAAGCGUGGUCACAAUCGUACGGAUAAACAGCCAAGCAUGGUUUACUCGGACAUUGAAAUGUGCAACGAAAAAUUGGGACUGAAUUCUAGUUGUAAAAAUUCUAGAUUAAAUUAUAAAUCGAAAAAUUUCGGUCCUAUAAAAAGACAUGAAACAAACAAUACAGUUUGUUAUGAUAAUAAAUUAAGUAAUCUUCGUAAAAAUACACAACAGCCACGAUUUUGUAUACGUGAUACAAGCUGUAACAGAAAACAUUUAAUACCAUCAAGUGAAUGUGUGCUAAAUAAUAAUUGUGUCGUUAGUACAAACAAAUGUUCGAAAUUCAGUGAAUUAAUAAUGAAAAAGUCUGAUUUUACAACGAGUGAAUAUUUUUUUAAUAAAUGUUUCAAAAAUUGUCAAAGGAGAUUCUCUUCUCCAUACAUCUGGCAAACACUCAUCGUCAUUUUCAUCAGUUUAAUAUGUACAACUUCUGCUAAUCAGUGUGCUGCAGGCCUUAAAACACCAGGACGAACUUGGCCGGCCGGCGAUAUUGUUUUGGAAUAUGGCCAGCCUUUAAGAAUUCUAUGUAUGCUGAAUAAGACCUAUGUGGAUGCAGAAUUUCCUAGUAAAAAUUCAUCGAAUUUGAUGUUCUUCCGGAAUGACAAGAAAAUGGAACCGGAGUACAUUACGGUUCUUAAUGAAACGACGAUUGAAAUGUACAUUGAAAAACCACCUCCUGCUAAGGACAUGUAUUAUUGCAAACUGAAGCUAGAUGGACAUGUUAGAAAAGAUGAGGCUGUUUGCUUAAAUAGUGUCGUCAUUGGAUUUAAACCACAAGCACCUAAAAAUUUCAGCUGUGUAUCAUACAAUUGGGAAAAUCUUAAAUGCACAUGGAAUCCAGUUGAAAAUUAUGUCAAAACGACAUUUACACUUGCCUUCAAAUUGUCUGGCCGUAAAUUUUUCCCUUGCCCACGAGAAAAAGAUUACUCCAAACCACUUCCACCAAAUACUUGUAUUUGGGAUCUUGCUACUAAUCCCAUAUAUCGACAGUCAUAUGAAAAUUAUACUUUCAUGCUAAACAUUGAAAAUGUCUUGGGUGUAACAUCAGUAGUUUACAAAUUUCAUCAUUAUGCACAUGUAAUUCCAGCGAAACCUGAAGAUUUAUCUGUGAUUAAUAAAACAUCGGAAAGUGCAUUAUUAUAUUGGAGUGUACCAUUCCCAAUGCAAAAUUUUCCACCUGGUUUACAUCACAGAAUUGCUUAUCAACAUCAGUGGGAUCGACAAAAAACUUGGCAGGUAAUCAACAUCGACGAUGAUGUACAUGAGGACAAGAGAUAUUACAAUCUUACGGGACUGGAAUUUGCGAAUACUGUUUAUGAUGUAAGAGUAUUUUUGAAAAGUGCCUUAGCUAAAGAAGAAGAUAGAUGGAGUCAAUUUAGUGAUUUAACGUUCAGGACAUCUCCAAAAUUACCUGGAUCACCUCCACGUACAGAUAUUGGAAGUUUCGAAAUAAUGGAGAAUAAUGCAAGCAGAGACGUUUAUUUAUAUUGGCAAACAAUUCCAUCUUAUUUAGAAAAUGGUGAUAACUUCAAGUAUCAAGUUGUUCUUGUUGAAGAAAAUAAUCGGAAGUUACAUAUUACGUCAAAUGAAACCACACGCUCUUACGCUAUAUUCAAGGGUAUUGGUUUUAAUAACUAUCGCUUUGAGAUAUUUACAUCAAAUGUCGUUGGUUUGAAUCCUAAGAACGCCUCAAUCUUUGUCCCUAGUCGAUUUGAAAUGCCACACGAACCAUUGGCGGUUACUAAAAUUGCAUUUGAGGAAGGUUUAUAUGAAUUGUCUUGGAAGCCGCCAAUUAUGAGCGCAGAAAUAACUAAUUACACUAUUUUCUGGUGUGACAAUGAACGUGAUCGUCCUUAUCAAUGUACUGGAUAUCUCGAUUGGGUACACGUGUCAAAAAAUACAACAAUUCAUAAUAUAACAGUACCAGAUCCUCGAAAAGUAUACCAAUUUGCAGUAUCUGCUAAUACAGAAAAAGGAAGUAGUGGAAUGGUCUGGGCAUCAUGCACAGUAAUUCAUAACAAAGUUGUUGGCAAAAUGAAGUCAGUAUGGAUAAAUAGAAUUGGAUCUGAUGAUAUUGAUGUUGGAUGGAAACUCGAUUGUUCUGAUCGUAUUGGCAUUGUUGAAGGAUUUAAAAUUUAUUAUUGUCCAAUCGUUUCUCCGAAAAAUGCGACAUGUAAAGAACCUAAAAAGAAUACAACUAUACGUGCUGAACCUCAUACCAUUCACGGAUUAGUAACUGGAUUAAAGCCUUAUACAACUUACAUGAUUACCAUAGCAUUUUGGACGAAGAGUGGCGAAGGAUUAGAGAGUGAUCCUUUAUAUAACACGACACUUGAAGCUGCACCAGCCGGUCCACCACAAAAUGUAAGAGUUGGUAACGUUACUAAUUCAACAAUGUUUGUCUCUUGGGAUCCACCAACAGCAAUGAAUGGUGUACUCCGGGAAUAUGAAGUUUUUUACAGUGGUAAUUCUAUCAAAGUUUUUGAUUCUAUAAAUCAUGUUCUACUACGAGAUCUUUUAGCACACAAGAAUUAUAGUAUACGUGUUAGAGCGUGUACUGUUGAAUGUAGUGUUACAUCUCGACCAAUUUAUGCACUCACACACAUUGGUGUACCUGGAAAGAUCCAUAACAUCCCAACAGUGAGAUUCUUUAAUUCAAGUCAAGUUACUGUCAAUUGGACUAAACCUUCUAAUCCUGGAGGAAAUUUGAAUUACUAUCAAAUCUCAUCGGACGGCAAUAAUAUACAAAAUAGUACUAAACUUGAAACUCAAAUAACAAUCCCAGAUUGUAAAGCCGAAGGACGUGAGAGGAUGUAUCAAUUCAAAGUGCGUGCAGUGAAUAUUGAUUCUGAUGGUACACAUUUGUUUGGACCAUGGUCUGAAACUGGUGAAGGUAGUUGUUAUAGUGAUGGACCGCCACCUAAAAUUUGGGUUAUUAUCUGGAUUAUUAGUGGUCUCAGUGGAAUUGCAUUUAUAUUUUGUGUGGCGUAUACUUCAAAGAAAAUGUGGCUUAAAUGUAAAGUUAUGCAAGAUGUUGAAGUUAAACUUCCACCUGGUCUUGCUGGUGAAAAAUUACUACAAAAAGUUGGAGAGCAACAUUUACGGCAAUCUUCAGCAGAUUCCAGUGGAUGUUCUAGUGGACAAGAGUCUGUAACAUCUUCACUGACAGCUGACUCACAUGUCUCUAAUGAUAGUGGAACUGAAACCGAUCCAGUUUCAGUAUUACCUAAUAAAUUAUUAGAAACUCCCGCUACUUGGGAAACUUCAAGUUUACGUCAACGUAAUGUCAGUUCAGCUAAGCCUAAUACAUUAGCAGACUCUAAUCGAUGGGAUUCUUACGUCAAAGUUUCCAAGUCGGGUGAGACGAAUCUUGAUGAUACGCUUUCUCUCGCACGAUCAACACCAAAUUUGACUGAUAAUUCAGAAUCUUUGAUGCCUCCUCAAACAUGGUCAUCAACAGGUUAUAUAAGUAUGCCAUCAUCUGAAGAAAUAUCAACUAAUUCGAGUCCUGUACCACAGGAAACGUCGAAUAUUGGUAGUUAUAGUGUCGUAGGAAUUAUGCCGAAAGUGUCACGCUCGAAGGUAGAAGAACCAUCAGAAUCAUUAAAGAAUGCUUUAUUGAAUUGUAAAGCAGAUGCUAAACCUAAUAUUCCUUACGUGAGCCUGGCAUCUGUAGACAAAAAAUCAAAAGAACAACCGAUGGAUUCACUACGUGACUUGGAUAAAUUAGCAUUUAUUGGAUCUACUCCGAUUGCUAAAGUAGAAACUUUGAAGCCAAUAUCUACUUUAGAUUCAACCAACAAACCAUAUGUUCAAACAGGAUUGAUUGAUAAUUUAAAGAAACCUUUUUCUCCGAGUUCAACUAUUGAACCAAACAAAGAUUCAUUAAAUACCACAUUCACGACAGCUAUAGAGCCACGAAAUAAACAAUUUGCAUCAAAAUUUUCGUCUCCAAAUGUUACAACAUAUUCAGUAACUGAGUCAGCAACAAAACCUUAUGUUACGGUUGCUUCAAUCGCAGAAAUAAAAUCACCAAAGCCAACAGUAACUUCUUUGGACGAUAAAACAUUAUUAAAAUCUCGUUCUUCUGAUACUUCACAUAAGCCUUAUGUUCAAGCAUCGACAGUUUUUAAAAUGUUAAAGCAACAACCUAGGGCUAGUGAAGAAAUGCUGUGCUCAACGAAGGACAGUGAAAUAGAUAAGUCUUUAUCAGCGACCUAUCCACAUUACUGGGAAUCGGAUGAUCUAGAUUCUACAGCAGUUUUACAAUCGGAAAAGUCGCUGUUACAAGACGAUGAGCAUAGUUCUUCAAAAGAAACAAUGAAAUCCGAUGAACAAUUGGAUAGAUAUCGAGCUAAUGUUCGGCAAACGCCAUCAUCUGGAGAAACCGUUACUACCGUCCAGCAUAUUUUAGACUGAUGAGCAGUGCAUUAAACUUGAGUCUUGGAUCAUUUGAAAUGCAGGGAAAAAAAUAAACGAUGCAGCUAAGCGAGCUUAUAAAUGGUUUGUAAAUUGUAAGUACAACGUUCUCUAAAAUUUUAAAUGUAAAUGAAAUAGUACUCACGUUUUACAAUGACAUGUGGUAAGUUUACAUUACGUAUUAUUAAAAUUUUAAAUGCAAAUUUAUUAUAUGUGAAUUGUUCUAUGAAAAGAACAAAAUACUAUUUCUCAUUCAGAUUUCACCAUAUUUAUGAGAUAUAGAUAUUUAAAUGAAUUCAUUUGUAGUAAUGUAAACAAACAAAUAUGUUGGAAUCGAAUACGUGUUAGAUGCUCAGCACAAUUAUUUGCAAAAAAAAAAAAUAUAUGUACAAAACAACUAAUUUUUGUAUUAUAUUAUAUAUAAAUGAGAACAGUGCAACUUUAUGAACAAUGUAUGAAGAAAUUAUAGCCGUAAACAUUAGUUUAGUUGAAAUAAGCUCAACACACGGUUACGUCGCCGGUAAACGUGCCGUUUAGUUUAUUAAUUUAACACUAUAUAGUACACUUCAUUUAAUUAUCAUUUAUGUUAGAUUGUUGUUUUAUCUAUUCGUUUAUCAUUCAUCUUCGAUUAAUACGUGAUUAAGAUGAUCGAAAACCUUUUACGAUUGAUACGGGUGAGUGAUCGUAAUAACUGUAAAUAUAUUAUAAAUUUUGUGCAUGAAAUAUUUUUUAUCGUCACUAAAAUGAAAAUAAAAAUCACGAGAUUAAGAUAAAAUAAUUAAUGCCAUGUUGACAUUAAGUUUAAUAGACAUCUCUCAAAUCAUUCUGACGGAUCAUAUUGAGCAAGUAAUGAAUUUCGUUGAAAAUAAAGUAAAAGAAAUUUAAUUGCCAUCAACGCGUUCAUACUGAUGAGAAAGUUUAAGUAUAGUGUGCAUAAUAUCCUAAGCUAGUCAUUGAGAGGAUACAUCAGUCUACGCGACAACAAGCUUCUUAGAUCGAUCAGUAAAUAAUAAUAAUAUACUAAUACUUAUAAUAAUAAUGAUUGAAAUACAAGCAAAUCAUGUUGCUGUAGCUUAUUAUAUAUAUAUAUUUAUAUUUAUAUAUAUAUAUAAUUAUACUUUUAAUCGUAUUUUGCAGUUGCUAAUAGUGCAUAUAGACAUUUCACACUUUUAUUUAUAUAAUUAAAUUGUUAAUUGUAAUAAUAACAAGAAAUUGAAUAAUCAUAAUAAUGAUUAAAAAUAAUGAUCAUCGUAAUAUUAAAUAAAAAAUGCCGAUAAACUUACCAUGCUCUAAUUAUUUAAAUGAAUCGUCUGAGACUGAUGUAAUUGUCUAGAUUCUAUCGAAUGUGGUAAUGACUUUUAAUUGGUUUGUGGCACUAAAACAAUGAAUGUGUUGGAGAGGUUUAAUAUUAAUUAAAAUAGUGAAGCAAAAAAUAAAUUAACAAUGGAAUGUGGCGAGAUUUUUUUAUAUUAAAUUAGAGAAUUACAGUAAAAUGUAAAGAUCUUAUUAUUUGCAUUAAAAAAAAACAAU